UUCCAAAUUGAAUUGAAAUUUUUCGUGAAAAUUAAAAUCCAUGGAAUCGAACUUGUGCUCUUCUGCGCGCAUAGUGAACCAAACUCUCAACAGAACCCAUAACCAGAUUACCAGACCCCUGAAAUCCCAAAGACAUUCCAUGGCUGUGCUCUCCCAGAUGCUAAAACUGCCGCCCAUCAAAGCCCUCUCACUUUUCAACUUAGCAACUCAGUCGGGCUUCCAAUACACUCCACAAUCCAUCUCCAUUAUCCUUCAUCACCUCCUCUCCUUCCGCAAGCUCUCUCAAGCCCAAUCUUUAGUCCUAAAAUUACUUUCUUCCCGCAUCUCCUCAACUUCAUUCACAGUCCCCUCUCUCCUCUCCCAUUUGACAACCCAAAACCAUUUCAGCUCUUGUUCUCUUUUCUAUGAAUCAAUCAUCAACGCUUAUGUUCAACAUCAGUCGGUGGAAAAAGCCCUUUUCUAUUUUCAUGAAAUGGUCAAUAAAGGCCUUGCACCCACAGCCAACACGUUUAAUAAUGUGCUGAAUUUUCUCGUCAAGAUGAGAAAUUCUGACAAAGUUUGGAGCUUUUUUGAUGAAAUGAAAGAAAGAGUUGUCUUGGAUAAGUAUAGUUUCGGAAUACUUGUAAAGGGUUGUUCUGAUAUUGGUGAUUUGGAUAGAGCUUUUGAGGCUUUGGGAUGUAUGGAGAAGAUGGAUUUGAAACCAAAUGUGGUUAUAUAUACUAGUUUGAUAGAUGGAUGUUGCAAAAGUGGUGAGAUUGAGAAAGCAAAGGAGCUGUUUUGUGAGAUGGGAGAGUUGGGUUUGGCUGCUAAUCAGUACACUUACACUGUUUUGAUUAAUGGAUUCUUCAAGAAAGGGCUUAAGAAAGAUGGUUUUGAGUUGUAUGAGAAGAUGAAGACUGAUGGUGCAUUGCCUGACUUGUACACGUACAAUACUCUAAUCCAUGAAUUUUGUAAUGGUGGCAGAAUUCUCAGAGCAUUUGAACUGUUUGAUGAAAUGCAUGAGAGAGGGGUGGCAUGUAAUGUGGUGACAUAUAAUACUUUGAUUGGGGGGUUAUGUCAACAUAUGAGAGCGUUGGAUGCAGAGGAAUUGGUGGAUCAGAUGAAAGGGCGUGGCUUGAGCCCAAACUUGAUCACAUUUAACACUCUCAUAGACGGGUACUGCAAAGCUGGGAGGGUUGAUAAAGCUAUGAGUUUGUUGAAUCAGAUGAAGUCUUCUGGCUUAAGACCAUCCUUAAUUACCUAUAAUAUUUUAAUUUCAGGUUUCUCUAAGGUUGGAAAUCUAUCUCGUGUUAUGGAUCUGGUUCGAGAAUUGGAGGAAAGAGGCUUUUCUCCGUCUAAGGUGACAUAUACAAUUCUUAUUGAUGCCUUUGCUAGAUCAAAUGACAUGGAUAAAGCUAUUGAGAUGCUUUCUGGAAUGAAGAAGGCGGGUUUGGUUGCGGACGUUUGUACUUAUGGUGUAUUGAUACACGGUUGGUGUUCAGAGGGUAAUAUGAUGGAGGCUUUCAAGCUAUUCAGAUCAAUGUCUGAGGUGGAUUUGGAGCCCAAUCAUGUAAUAUACAAUACCAUGAUCAAUGGUUAUUGCAGAGAGGGUAACUCUUAUAAAGCCUUGAUGAUGCUAAAACAAAUGUUUGAAAAAGGUAUAGUUCCGAAUGAGGCAAGUUAUAACAUGACGAUUCAAGUUCUUUGCAAUGACGGAAAGUGGAAAGAGGCUGAAAAUCUUUGUAAUGACAUGAUAAAGUGUGGUGUACAACCCUUGGUUGCUAUUGAUAUGAUUCAUGAAGCUAAAGUUAAAGAUUCCUAGAUUACUGUUAGGCACUCUUCAGUGCCAUGUGAUACGUGAAGAAUCUUGCAGUAAAAAUGCCAGACACGUAGUUUGUAACUGUGUAUGGAUUCUUCUGGAAGUUUGGCAUCUUAAAAACUAACAUGGAGUGAAGAUGAGAAGGGCUUCUUUUGACUUUGCAAAUGGUUGACAUACUGGGAUUCUUUGAUGAGUGAGAUAUUCAAGUAAAAAGCUUAACCUUAUGAACUCGCAGCUGCAAAGCAUAGAAUUCAACUUCAUCUUGGAUAGUUGGCAGAUCAUGAAAGGAGCACCAAUCGGACCUGCUAAUUAAGGGAUUGAAGAUCUUCAAACUGUGUGAGUUUACGAGGAGAACUAGGCUGUGCACGGGACAGCAGAUGUUUAGUGAAAUCAUAAGUCUAUUGUAAAGAAUUUCUUAAACGACCCACAGGAGCGUAGACGAACAAUAAGGCAGGAAAUUAAAAAAAGCCCUAGUAUGUUUUAGUAGAAUUGAAGUAGUUUUGUUGGAACAGAUUCUGUUCAUAUAGGGUAUGAUGGUUUAUAAUCCAGUGGCUUACUUAGGAU